AGAGAGAGAGAGAGAAGAACCACAGUGGUCGGACGACGGACUUACAUCUACAGCCUCAAAAUGAGUUGUGCAAGAGUCCUCAAUGUCCUUGGGAGUCAGCGCCAGCCAGCCAUAAUGCCCGUGGACCUCGCCGUGGGCCUGAGCCUCAGGCAGCAUCAACCUCUCUACCAGCUGCUGUCAAUGUCUUCCAUGAAGCCAGCACCGCGUCAGCAUCAGCUGACCGGCCGUCACCCUCCCCUCAACUCCUCCACUUCCGCCAUCUACUCGUCCUCACCGCGGCCCUCCUCACCGCGGCCCUCCUCCCCCGUGCCCUCGGAACCCCGGAGCUGCUUCCGCAGGGACGGCGGCGGUGGCAGUCCGAGCAAGAAGCGCGUGGUCUUCGCCGACGCCAUAGGACUGGCUCUCACCACAGUGCGGAUGUUCGUCGCCGAGCCCUCUCACACCGCCUCUACGCUGCCAAGGAGACCCUCCUUUGCCCAGAUGCAAAGCCAACAAUGGACCUCAGACAUACUGCAGCGCAACAGGCUGCGGCUGAGUUUACCCCGGCCGACGCUCACCUCUCAAGCUUCCCUUACACGCCAGCAGGAUGCGUGCGUGCAGUUGGAGAGCUGCAACGUUUCGGAGCACUCCUUGAGCGGCAAAGUGCGCGUCAACCAUGUUAGCGUUGACAAGGCUGUACACGUGAGGGUGACCUUCGACUCCUGGCGGAGCCACCAUGACAUUCCCUGCACGUUCCUGCAGCAGCAGCAGCACCUCGGAGGUUCCAAUGUGGACCUUUUCGCCUUUGACUUAAGCUUACCAAAGCACAAAGAUCCAACGGAGCGAGGGGAGUUCUACGUGGAGUUCUGUGUGGCCUUCAGGCCGCGACCCGGCGCGACGCCACACUGGGACAACAACGGGGGUCAGAACUACAGGGUGUGCGUGGAAACUGGCGGCGCCAACAGUCACCAAGGCAACGCCUACCGUUGUCGCCCCGCGACGUCCCAACACCGGCCAUCGUUGUGGCCUUUGCACCUGUCCCCCAGCAUGCAGAACUCUGCCGAUCCGCACCACCUUCAAGGGACGUUAUCAAGCCGAGUCAGAGCAGAGUGGAAAACGUUAUGCUCAUCCAAGUGAAAGUAAACCCUCUCAACAGAACUGUGAGAACAAUAAUGUGACUAUAUUGAUUUACACAUAUUUAAGAAAGAGUAAGGGCUGUGUGAGCCUCCUGUGUUGGAUGGUCUGAAGCUCUACCCUGCCGAAAUGUGAACGAUACAUGCUGUGUCAAUGUUGUGAUUAAAACCAUAUUUAUAAAGAA